AUGCCGGAGGCGUCGAUUCAAAAUCUCCUAGAUCAGGUAUCUCUGCGGUGGAUAUUUGUGGGCGGAAAGGGUGGUGUCGGGAAAACAACGUGCAGUUGUAGUCUGGCUGUAGAAUUAUCGAAAGUCCGCGAGCGUGUCCUCAUUAUCAGUACUGACCCUGCGCACAACCUCUCCGAUGCAUUUGAUCAGAAGUUCUCAAGAGCACCGACUCUGGUCAAUGGCUUCAACAAUCUAUAUGCAAUGGAAAUUGAUCCCAAUAUGGGUAUUGAAGAACUCGAAGAGGACGUCUCUGGCGCUGAGGAGGCUACCCAUUCGGCAGACCUCCGGAGAACUUUGGCCGGUGUGCUGACUUCCAUCCCUGGUAUCGACGAGUAUAUGUCAUAUACAGAGGUUUUUCGUCUUGUGCGCAGCAUGGACUACUCAGUAGUUGUGUUUGACACAGCUCCAACUGGGCAUACACUUCGUUUGCUUGCCUUCCCCGAACUGGUAGAGAACGGGAUGAGCAAGUUGGUCAGGCUGAAAAACUCUAUAGCUCCUUUGCUCAGCCAGAUGAUGUCUUUCCUCGGCGUUGGUGGUGCUGGUGGAGGUAUGCUGGCCUCGGAAGACUUUACACAAGCCAUUGAAGCACGCCUGCCGAUUGUGCGAGAAAUAACUCAGCAAUUUAAGGAUCCUAGUCAAACUACAUUUGUUUGUGUCUGUAUAGCGGAAUUCCUGAGUAUGUAUGAGACGGAGCGUCUCGUACAGGCUCUAGCAGAACAGGAAAUUGACAUUCAUAAUAUUAUUGUAAAUCAACUACUCUUUCCCAAUGUCGGAGCAAGCGAAGGCAGCACCCGAAGUGACCUAAGAUCCGUUGAAGUACCGACGGAAUGUAGUAUGUGCAAAGCCAGACAUAGGCUCCAAACGAAGUACCUUGAGCAGAUCCUUGAACUUUACGACGACAUGCACGUUAUCCAGUUACCCCAAUUGGACGAGGAAGUUAGGGGAAAAGAGAGGGUCUGCACCUUCUCUCAGUAUCUUCUCCACCCCUACAUCCGACCAAGCCCGUCCGGCUCCCGAUGA